AGCUAGUGCCUCCACAAAAUUCAAAAACACCAAAAUAGAAAACCAUCCCAGCUACCCCCGCCACAAGCUUCGAAAUCUCGCCGGAGACCAGUCACCGACCACCGGCAACCAGCAAACAAUCGCCCAGUACUUCCAAAUUAAUCCUCAAUGGCUUCGAAUCAUAGCUCAAACCGCAAGAAGAAGCUCGGAUCUUCACAGCCGGUCAGAGCUCGCGAAUUUCCCAAGAUUUUGGCGGACGAUGACGAUUUUCAAGACCCAUGUCCCUCUUUCAUUACCCAUUCCAAAACCAGCUUAACACAAAACCCACUCAAACCUUCCAACAGUUUUACCAACCGCCCACCCAAGAAGUUGAAGCCGAGUCAAGGAAUUGCCAAUCCUGGGAAAGAGAACAACCUUAUUGCUCCAGAUGAUAAUGGGUUGCGUGGGAAGGAAUUCGACAUGGAUUGGUUGGAUAUUGGAUUGGAUUCUACUGGAUUGGAUUCUAUCGGAUUGGAUUCUAUCGAAUCAACCUUAGAUUGUGAGGUCAGCGGGAGUUUUAGGGACAUUGAGCCAAAAACUGAGGUGGGCUUGGAAGAAGAAGGGAAACCGGAAAGUUAUUCAACUUUCGAAAAUUUAGGGUUAGAGAAAUGUGAAGUGGAGGCUUGUGAUGAUGAAUUUGAAGGCGGGACACAGCUAGACAUAUUGCUCAAGUUAUGUGAGGCCGAUGAGGAAGUGGAGGGUUGUGAUAAAGUUUCGAAUUUUAGUGACAACGAGGAAUUUUGCAGGGAAUGGGAGGAGGAGGAGGAGGAGGAGCAGGAGGAGGAACUCGGAGAUGAAUCAAUUUGUUGUCCACUAUGUGGAAAUGACAUUACAGGGUUGACAGAUGAAUUAAGGCAAGUUCACACUAAUGAGUGCCUUGACAAAGAUGGGACCGCUAAUGAGAUGAUUCCGCCCCAUGAAUCUGAGGUUUAUCGGUCUCCUGGGCAAGUUCUUGAUAAUCCUCCUCAUCUAUCACCUAGUAAAGUAGUUGAUGUAUCUCCUGUUCUAGAGUGGCUACGCAAUCUAGGUCUUGCAAAAUACGAAGAAAUUUUCGUGCGAGAAGAGAUUGACUGGGAUACCUUAAAGUGGCUGACGGAAGAGGAUCUUUGUGGCAUGGGUGUUGCUGCACUUGGUCCCAGGAAGAAGCUAAUUCAUGCCAUUAAUGAUCUAAGGAAGGAGGGCUGCAAUAUGGAGGAAACUCACAUUGAUGACACAAAAGUUGUGCCAAAUGAGAUCAAUAAGUGUGGAACAAACAAAUUAAUUACAGAUUUCUUUCCAGGUUCUGCUUCUGGCAGAAGGAGAGAGAGCAGCAUUUUCAAAGCACCAAAGGAGGUUCCACAAAGUCACACAAAUAUUGCUCCAGGAAUUCGAAGGAAGAAAAAGCAUAUAAAAGAUUUGAAAAAUAAAAAUACUCCCAUUUGGUGUGACAUCCCAGGAACCCCAUUUCGAGUGGACGCCUUCAAAUACCUAAGAAGAGAUUGUUCGCAUUGGUUUCUGACUCACUUUCAUAUGGAUCAUUAUCAAGGUUUGACGAGGUCCUUCUCUCAUGGGAGGAUUUAUUGUUCCUCCAUCACAGCCAAACUUGUCAAUAUGAAACUCGGUAUUGCAUGGGACAAACUGCAAAUUUUGCCUCUUAAUCAGAAGGUGAAUAUUGCUGGAAUUGAUGUCACUUGCUUUGAUGCCAAUCAUUGUCCAGGUGCGAUUAUAAUUCUCUUUGAACCACCCAAUGGUAAGGCUGUGCUACACACUGGAGAUUUUCGUUUUUGCGAAGAAAUGACAAAAAUCCCUACGCUGCAGACUUCUCGUAUUCAUAGGCUCAUCCUCGAUACCACCUAUUGUGACCCUCAGUAUGAUUUUCCAAAACAGGAGGCUGUGAUUCAGUUUGUCAUUGAGGCCAUCCAAGCUGAAGAUUUUAACCCAAAGACCCUAUUUUUGAUUGGGAGCUAUACAAUUGGUAAGGAAAGGUUGUUUCUAGAGUUGGCCCGUGUUCUUCGUAAAAAGGUGUAUGUCAAUGCAGCUAAAUUGCGUAUUUUGGAAUGCCUUGGAUUCCCAAAGGAAGAUACCGAGUGGUUUACCCUGAAUGAGUAUGAAAGUCACAUUCAUGUGGUGCCCAUGUGGGCAAUAGCAAGCUUCAAAAGAUUGAAGCAUUUAGCUAAUCAAUAUUCGGGUCGUUUCAAUCUUAUUGUGGCUUUUUCCCCAACUGGUUGGUCCUUUUCAAAGGGAAAGAAGAAGUCACCUGGAAGGAGGUGGCAACAAGGAACCAUCAUAAGGUAUGAAGUACCAUACAGUGAGCACAGUAGCUUUUCGGAACUCAGAGAUUUUGUCAAGUUCAUAUCACCCGCAACCAUAAUUCCAAGUGUAAAUAAUCACGGAGCAGAGUCCACCAAUACAAUGCUUGCCCACCUUCUGUCUUGAGAGCAAUCAAGAUAAGAAUAUCAGGUAAUCCAGGAAUUACAACUUGACUAGCUGCUAUAUGGUUAGUUUAUUCAUGGUGAUGUUACUCAAUCACAAGAAUAUUAAGUUAUUUGGUUGGGUUAUACAGUUAUCAGGUGAAAGGAGUUCUAGUCUUACUUUGCAGUUUUUCUUAUGUGUAUAUUAUUGUAUUUACUGAAAAAUUGAACGUUUCAUCAAAUAACAGUGUUUAUCCUCACCGGAAUCAAGUUGAAAUUAAUUUAAGUGCAGUAUGGGGG